AUGGGAAAUGGAGUGCUGGAUCAGCUCCGGCGUUUCGACGCCUACCCGAAAACGCUCGAAGACUUCCGCAUCAAGACCUUUUCCGGGGCAAGCGUGACCAUCUUGGGCGGGUUAGUCAUGGUGUUGCUGUUCAUUUCCGAACUGCGCGACUACCUGCGAGUGGAGAUGGAGGAGCAGCUGUUUGUGGACACGACGCGGGGAGAGAAGCUCAUCAUCAACUUUGACGUGGUGUUUCCGCGUAUGGCGUGUGGCUUUGUGAGCAUCGACGCCAUGGACGCGAGCGGCGUUCAGUUGACGAAUAUUCAGCACAACGUGUUCAAGCGACGACUGAACCCGAAGGGAGAGCCGUUGUCUGAUCCAGUCAAGCACGAAGUGCUGGGUACUUUGGCAUCCGAAGUGAUGAAGAACAAAUCGUUGAGUGGCGAGGAGCCGGCGGCGGUGGAGAGUGCAGUGCUGGAUCCGAACGCCCCACCGGGCUGUGGCAGUUGCUACGGCGCCGAGUCUCCGCGCAAAAGGUGCUGUGAUACAUGCCAGGACGUGAAAGACGCGUACCAGAUGAAAGGAUGGCGCCUCAUGAGUCUGGACGACGUGGUCCAGUGUCAGGAGGAGGCGAAGAAGCGACGCGAGAUGCUGGCCAACCAGGAGGGUUGCCAGAUUUAUGGCUAUCUCUCUCUCAACAGGGUUGGUGGCAAUUUCCAUUUUGCUCCUGGACACAGUUUUACGAUCGAACACAUACACGUUCAUGACUUGGGCGACGCGUCGUUCGAGAAUGUCAACAUGAGCCACACGAUUCGACACUUGAGCUUUGGACAGAAGGUGUUGGACCGGACGAAUCCCUUGGACGGCUUCGACUUUGCUUCUGAAAGCGGACUUGUGAUGGUGCAGUACCUCAUCAAAAUCAUCCCGACGACGUAUCAAAAGAGCGACGGGAGUGUUUUCGAGACCAAUCAGUUUUCUGUGCGGAAGCAGUUCAAGAAUGUGGGACACAGGUUGACGGAGGGGUCGAUGCCCGGUGUCUUUUGCCAGUACGACUUUGCCCCCUUGAUGGUGAAAUACUCGGAGAAGCGCAAAUACUUGGGACAUUUCUUGGCGAGCUUGUGCGCUAUAAUUGGCGGAGUGUUCACCGUGGCGGGACUCUUGGACUCGUUCCUUUUCCAUUCGCACCAGUUGAUCAAGCGCAAGUUCCAGCUGGGCAAGCUUCAUUGA